UCAGAAUUCUCAGGGCAGAUGUGCUCUUAUUCUGAAGGAUUGUUCGACUUCCUGAAAUUUUUUAAACUUCCUGAAGUUCAGCGGCAACCGGAUCUUACUCUCUCUGCUUCCUUUUCUUGUUGCUAAUAAAAAAAGAAAGUGUUUCAUCCCUUUCACGGAUUAAGCAACUGUCUCCUGUCUUUUUCCUCUCGCCACAUGGGUGACCCCGACAUCUCCUCGUACGUGUUCGAGAUUUCCCUCAGCAUGACAGCUAACGCUGUGGCUUUAAAGCUGCCGGACUUCUGGCGUGACAAUGCCGCUGUGUGGUUCCCACAGGCUGAAGCCCAGUUUGACGUCCGGGGCAUCACGCAGGAUGACACAAAAUACUAUUAUGUUGUUGCUGCAUUGGACAACGCCACAGCAUCGCGGGUGGUGAGCUUUCUACAAGAUCCCCCAGCGGACGGCAAAUAUGAAGCUUUUAAGGCUGCUGCUAGCAACUCAAGUUGUCGGAGCCGGAGCGGGCGCGUCGGCUUCUCGCCUUGCCCUGCUCGGGAGAUCAGAAACCAUCCGAGCUUAUGGACCACAUGUUGUCUUUGAUGGGCAGACAUCAAUCCUGUUUUAUUUCUUGCGGGCUAUUUAUGCACCAGAUGCCAGCUCCGGUUCGCUUGGCCCUAGCAAGCUCCCCAGUGACAGAUUUCCGCGAGUUGGCGAGGACAAACGGACCGAGUUUAUAUUGCCAGUCGGCAGUCCUGCGCCGUGCUGGACAGCGGAGGGCCGGCUGAUUUCACUUUUUCUGCCUCUGUUGUCGUUGCUGCGGCUCAGUGUGACUCUGAAUGUAGUCACUGUUUUUAUCAUGCCCGUUUUGGUGUGCGCGCUAAGAAAUGCAUCCCGCCCUGCUCCUUCAAGCCGCCGGGAAACGUAAGGACCGGCGCCCUGUAGCUGCGCUGGUCGCCAGAUGGCAAAGCAGUCUGCUGUUCGUCGAAGACUCCGUUUCUGGUCGGCGCUUUCUGUGUGACACGGGCGUUUUGGUGAGCGUCCUCCCUGCCUCACAACUGGACAAGCAGUCAGGAGUGCGUGGUUUUCCCCUAGAGGCUGCUAACAACACUUCGAUUGAAACUUUUGCCAAUCAACCAGUAGACCUCUGUUUUCAUGGACAGCGUUUCCGAUGGGUUUUUGUGUUGGCGUCUGUUUCCACUCCAUUGCUGGGGGCUGAUUUUUGUGUGCCAACAACUUUCUGGUGGAUGUUAAAAAUAAGCGCCUGAUGAACGCUGAGACUUUUUGCUCUUUUCCGUGCACACUCAGCAGGGCUGGCCCUUCCAACCUGUCUGAUGUUUCUGCUUCGACUGAUGUUUUCCAGCGCCUCCUUCCAGAGUUUUCUACCCUCACCACACCCACCUUUUCUGCAUCCUAAGCAAAACAUGGUGUGCAGCACCAUAUAACCACAGCAGGCCCGCCAGUGCAUGCCAAAGCUAGGCGCCUAGACCCUGAGAAGCUGGCUAUCGCCAAAGAGGAGUUUACCAUGUUGGAGCAUUUGGGGAUUUUUCUGACAGCCCUGGUCUUCUCCUCUCCAUAUGAUGCCCAAGCCUGGGGGUGACUGGCGCCCCUGUGGGGACUAUAGAUGCCUUAAUGAUGCCACUACCCCAGUUCCACACAUCCAAGGUUUCUUUGCCCAUUUGGCAGGUUAUGGCAACACUGUCCCCCUCUCCGAUGAAGGCAAGGUCUUCUGUGUACUGUACUGCCUGGUGGGCAUGCCUCUUACCAUGCUGCUGAUGUCAUCCUCCACCCAACGCCUUCUGCCUUUUGUCACCCAUGCUCCAGUGUGCCACUUACAGGAGCGCUGGGGGAUGUCCUAUGCUCAGGCUGCCCUGCUCCAUGCCGGUCUGUUACUCACCUGCACUGCGCUGCUCUUCUUCUUGUUGCCUGCCGCUGGGCUCUGCUUGCUGGAGCGUGAUUGGAGCUUCCUGGAGUCCCUGUACUUCUGCUUCAUCUCCCUCAGUACCAUCGGCUUGGGGGACUACCUGCCGGGAAGGACCCGCAGCCUGACUGUGCGACGGGGCCUGGAAUUCGCCACCUCCUGUUACUUGCUGCUUGGCCUGGUGGUGCUCCUGGUGGUGCUGGAGACCAUGUUGAACCUCCCACAGAUACGCAGCCUAGUCCGCUUUGUCAAUGGUCCUCGGGAGGGGCCACUGAUGGGGGUUGACAUGGAUGAGCUGGUUCUCAGUGAAAGUUCUCUGUCUCCAGGAAAUCAGGAAGACGGCCUGGACAUAGUGGAGGUGUCCCAAUACACGAUGCAUAUUUCCACAAUCUCCCCCUCCAUCACAGAGGAGCCCCCAGCCUUACGCACACAGUUCAUCUCUUCCACAGUACCUUAAUCAUGUGUGUGCUUUGACUGUUCCGGAAUCAGAGGUAAUAGAUAAUUAAAACGUGUAAAAGCUUGGGAGAGGCAUGGACACGCUGGCACAUUUUGAGGGCCCAGCACUUGACGGGGGAUUUUGAAUACAAGAAAUUACCCGGAAAAUUGAGGGCAAGGUGACAUUUUAUCAGGGGGCCCAGAAUUUCUAGCUAUACCCCUGCUGACAAAACUAUGUUAUGCAUAGCAACACCACAUUUUUAUAACAUUUUCAGGCCAUAGAUUUUAUUCACCCGUACUAUAUUCACAUUCGCUCAUUUAUCUGACGCUUUUAUCCAUACAUUGAAGUACUUCAUUAAAUUCCAACAAUUGGAUAGUUCUUAAACAUUCCUACGUCUAAUCAGUUAAUUUUAGUCUAGCAUUACAAUGCAUGAAAGGCAGAAAUGAUUGUCAUUGAUUUGAAACACAUUGAAAGUAUCAAAUUUUUUGAGUGAGGCUUCAGUGUAAAUUAGCAGCACAGUGUAGGGCAUUGGUUAUUUAACAAAUCUAUACACCCGUCCAUUUUCUGUCGCUUAUCCGGGGUCGCGUCACAGGGACAGCAGUCUAAACAGGAAUGCCCAGACCUCCCUCUCACCAGCAAACCAGACACCUAUACCUUUUUUUGGCUAUGCUUAGAAAUUCUGUCCAUAAAAGUUAUGAACAGAAUCGGUGACAGAGCAGUCUGACUUCCUUGUGAGGGUGAAGAGAUGAUCCAGUGUUCUGUGACCAGCACAAAAUCUGCAUUGUUCCUUCUGGAUCCGAGGUUUGACUAACAGGCAGACCCUCGUCUGUGGUACCCCGCCAUAGACCUUCCCAGGGAGACUGAGGAGUGUGAUCCCCCUAUAAUUGGAAUGCUUCCUCUGGUCCCCAUUCUUACAGAUUGGGACCACCACCCCAGUCUGCCAAUCCAAAGCCACUGUCCCCAAAGUCCACGCAAUGUUAAAGAGGUGUGUCAGAAAGGACAUCAAGAGCUUUCAAGUACUCGGGGCGAAUCUCAUCCACCUCUGGAGCCUUACCACCCAAUAGUUGUUUGACUACUUCAGUGACCUCAGCCCCAGAGAUCGGCAAGUCCUCCUCUGAGACUUUUGUAAUUGGGGCAGUGUGGCUUUGUGGGUUAGGCCUCUGAAUGGAAGGUUGCUGGUACAAAUUCCAUGAUUGGCUAGAGCAGCCGUGUAACAGGACCCUUAACCCUAGAAAAUGCUCCAGGGGCACCAGAUAAAUGGUAAAACCAAAAUCAUGGGGUAAAACAGAAAAUGUCUUUCCAGUAACGGCAUGCUUUUGUGUUUCUGGAUUGCAUACAAACGUCAAGAAGUUUGAUUUGACUUGAAGCUAGAAUGUCCACUAAUGUGUUUGUUUACCAAAAAGGCAGUAGUGGAACAAACAUCACAAAACUGUAAUCCAAAGAUUUAUUUUCAUAGGCUCCACAAAAAGAAAAGGACAAAGAAAUGGGAAUGCCUAGCAUGUGAGAUAGUGGUUUGCAACACCUAUUCCAACAGAAAUGGUUUAACCCUAGUCCUCAGCAGCCAAUGACACUCACCUGUUCAAACUGGACAAGUGGCCAAAUGGCUCAAAAACACGUGAAUUUUAACACAUAAAAUACAUAUAGAAUACACGUUAACAACACAUGUGUUACACAUUUGACCUUUUUGGGUCUCGGGAGUCUGGAAGGCAAGACAGGGAAUAACCCAGGAUGGGGCAAAGGGCACACACACCAUUCAAAUCUAUGGGCCAUUUGGCAUUUCCAAUUCACCUUAGAAUUUUUUUGGACUGUGGGAGGAUGCCACAGAAGGAAUCCCCAUGAUGACACAAGGAGAACAUGAAAACUCCACAUGCGUAGAGCCAGGAGACUCAAAUCCUGGCGCCAGAUAUGUGAGGGAGCAGCUACACAACAGCUACAUAACCAUACUUUUAACUAUUAACAAAGUAAGACCCUAAUAAGACUUCAAGGGCCAAUAAGUGCAUUAGAUCAUUCAAAGAAAAUUCAGGCUAGCAGAGGAAGACAGAUGGGUCUUAAGGCAUUUCCUGAAGGUAGAGAGGGAGUUUGAUGACUGGACGUGCUUUGGCAGCUCAUUCCACCACUAGGGAACCAUACAAGAGAAUCAUCUGUAGUGACACUUCUCACAUGCUGGAGGUAGUUUGCUGACUGAAUGGGGCGAGAUGGGAAACAAGUGCUAAGCAGCCUUUUGAUGGAGAUGGGUGUCUGUCAAUGGGGUUAUUAUUAUAGCAAAAUUGUUUCCAGAUCUGUAUGGAGAGUUGUGUGACUGUAUCUCAAUCUCUGUGUACAUAGUCCGAUUUGUAAAUGUAUAAAAGAAUUUGUAAAUGCAUACUGACAUCUGCAAAUGUGUAUUCAGAAUCCAUGGGUGUAAUCAUAUUUGUAUGCGUAAGGAAAUUUGCCAGUAUACAGAGAUUUGUACAUGUGUGGACAAAUCUGUAAAUGCGUACAUGAGUAUCAGUGGCUAAAAAGUCUAAGUAUUUAGCUCCAAGAGCUGGAAAUACAGACAAGUCUCUGGUGGACCAUGCAAUUGGUUGUCUUUUUAAAUGCGAUUUUUGCUACACUUCUGCCAUGGCAGGUCUGCAAAUGUGAGUGAAGAUUUGUCUGUGUGUGGAGGCUUUGAGGGCUUAGGGCUUAGUGCUGUCCCACUCAGAAGCCUUUGAGGGCUUAGGGCUUAGCGCUGUCCCACUUGCAAGCCUUUGAGGGCUUACAUAUGGAAUGUCGUCAAGGUAUAAACUGUGAAACAGAAUACCUCUCCACAUGGAUUUUUCCCCUCUUUAUGCCUCAGCAAUGUUUUUGGUGAUGCUUAUCUGAUUUAUCUGGCACUUGCUUCUAUUCCAGGAGAGGUCCUAAAAUGUAUCUGAGUAGAUUUGAAGUUGACACAGUUGUUUUGGUUAGUGUUAUGCACAUGCAUUUUACCAAUAUGAUUUCGGCAAACAAAACAUUGCAAAUAUUGACUCUGCAUAAACUUAAUGUAAUUGUCAACAGAGUCCUUUGACACUUAUGAAAUGCUUGUAAUUAUACUGCAGUAUACCAUAAAGACAUCUGACAAGAAGAUGUGCAAACACUGAACCAGCAAACUUUGUGAAAACCAGUACUCUCAAACAUUUGGCCACAACUGUAUCAUUUAAUUUUACCUAUUUAUUCCUUUAUCACUUUUUUAAAACAAUUUUUAAAUAAUAUUUUAUGCAGUUCUCAUAGUUUUUCCAUCUUGGAUGUUUAGCAUUAAAGUAAGAUUAAUUGUAUAAGAAAAAAUCAUUUAAAAUAUAUUGGUUAUAAAAAUAA